UUUCUUCUCUGAAAUUCACCAUUUCUGUAUUCUUCAUAAAGCUUUUUUAUUAAAUUUAUAUAUAUACAUGCCCUUAUGGACCCAUCCAUGGAUCUACCGAUGGAUAUAGAACAACCGACGUUUAACCCUCCACAACUCAUUAACCAUGACCUCCCUCCCCCUCCCCCUCCCCUUCCCCAAGAACCUACCCUCGCCCCUGAUUUCUCGUCUCCCCAACCUGAUUAUGCUGAGUUGAUAACGGGGGCCAUAACGGCGUUAAAUGAGAAAGAAGGGUCAAGCAGGGUAGCUAUAGCCAAGUACAUAGACCGAGUCCACUCGAAUCUACCACCCAAUCACUCCGCUUUGUUGACUCAUCAUCUCAAGCGCUUGAAGAAUUCUGGAUAUCUUGCUAUGGUUAAACACUCCUACCUGCUUGCUGCACCUGGAUCUGCUCCGCCUCCGCCGGCCGUUGAUUCCAACGGGGGUGAUGUUAAUCCUCUUACUAAGCGUAAACCUGGUCGUCCUCCUAAGUCGAAGCCUGAGGCCCAACCACAAGCCCAGUAUCAAGACCCAUUUCAAGGUGCUCAGAUUCAGGCCCAACAGCAGCACCAAGCCCAGUUCCAGCCACAAUUUCAAACCCAGCCUCAGUUCGUUCCUCAGACACAAUUCCAACAGUUUCAGGCUGAUCCGUUACUCCAAAAUCAGUUCCAUUUUCAGUCCCAGCAACAGCCACAGGGAUUUACUGCUCCUCAUGAAGCUCAGAAUUAUACGAAUCUUGGGGCUGAGUCUGUGUUUGUUUCUCUUGGGUUAGCUGAUGGGCCUGUUGGGGUUCAGAAUCCAGGUGGUUCUGUUCCUCUUCCUGCUGGAACUCCGGUACCGGCGCUUGAAGGAAGUAACACCAAGAGACGCGCUGGUCGUCCUCGGAAGGAUGGUUCCACUGUAGUCAAGUCAUUGGAAACCAAGUCACCCGAACAGAGUGGUACGAAGAGGCGACCUGGUCGUCCUGCUAAGACUGGGACAGUCAAUGCUGCUCCUGGAUCAGCUGUCGCUUCCUCCAAGCCUAGAGGGCGGCCAAAGAAAGGUUCUACUCCUGGACGAAGAGGCCGACCUAGGAAGAAUGUGGCUGCUAAUGUUGGUGCCAAUGCGGCCAACAUUCCUGCUGGUAAUCCCAAUAUUCCUGUUGGUGGUGACCCUACUGCUCAAACACCAACCCCUAAACGACGGGGAAGGCCAGCAAAGUCUAACAAUCAAGGUGGACCUGCUGCUGCAUCUGUCGGUGUCACUGAUGUGCCUAUUGCUGCUGCUUUUGAUUCCGAGGGUUUUCCUAACACUGUUGGUGGUGUCACAAAUGGGGCUACGCCCCUUGGAAAGCGACGUGGACGUCCUCCAAAAUCAUACAGCAGUCCGGCCGUUGCUUCUACUGUUAAGAGAGCCAGGAAACUUUCAGGGAGACCUCUGGGUCGACCUAAAAAGAAUGUGACAUCCCCUGCAGUUUCGGACCCCAAGUUGGUGGUGGCUUAUGAAGAUCUAAAGGGAAAACUUGAAAAUAUGCAAUCAAGAAUCAGGGAGGCAGCAAAUGCGCUGAGGCCAUGCUUAAAUGCUGAAACACCAGCAACUGCUCUGGCAGCAUUUCAAGAGUUGGAAGAGUUAGCAGGACCGGCCGGGGUAGAUCCUAUGCACCAAAAUUGAUAAAGAGGGAUGCUGUAGAGAUGAAGGCCGUGCUUAAACUCAGAGUGUAACAUUAUUCAGGGCUGGCAACCGUUAAAAUCAAGGAAGUUUCAGGACAGAGUUAGUUGUUGGUGACAGGAUGAAGAUGCGCGCUUAGACAGUGUAGCUACCUCUAAGGAAUGUAUUUGUUACUGUCAAUUUGUUAGGUUAAUCAGGAUUUGAUAUUCCGUUGCACAGUAUGCAUUAUGUUGUAGUUCUAACUAUUUGUAGUUGAUUUCGUCAUUUGAUAAGUACCUUAUCUGCUAAUUUUGUUAAUGACAUUCAAGGGAGACUAAGUCAUGCUCUUGG